UGAUUUGACACAACAACAACGGAAUGAUUACUUCACACUGGUAACUGAUUUCAAGGAAAGGGUCCGAGAGAAAAGAACAUAGACAGAGUAUAUUCAAUCUCCACAUCGCCACCGUGUUGACCACCAUGCCACGGCCCAUGUCGUCAUCAGUGGUAUUUUUUGUUUCUUUCUUCUUUAGCAUCGGCCUUUUGGCCAACGUGUUCUGCGAAGACAUUGAUCCACAAGAUCUUUCCCCAAGCAUCAAUCCUGAUUCCGGUCGAUCUCGAUCUUUGGCUUCGCUUCAAGCGAUAGCUACGUCGAGUCCUAAUUUUCGGGCAAGGCGGUUGCAUUAUCCCGUGACCGAUCCACACGUGUGCUUGGCAUUUUUGAGCUGCUGCCAACGCACCGAUUUGCUAAAUCACACCAUUGCUGGAGCAAUUCGGCAYAUGGAAGAAGAUGAGCCGUCAUUCCUUCGGUAUGAAAUCGCGUGGGUGGACAACGGAAACACCGCAGAGGAUACGAAAUACAUAAAAGAAUCGUAUCCCAUCGAACACGCUCUGACACUCCCUAAAAACAUGGGUCUCGCUUACGGWAUGAAUCUACUYGUCAACAACCUGUGCAAAGCUCCCUAUAUUUUGCUUCUGGAGGAAGACUGGCUUUACCUCGACGAAAUUGUGGCGAAUCAGACAGAGGAACGAAAACGCUCGAUCGCCACAUCGAUUGCAUUGCUUGAAAAUCUGAAGAAGAAUAACGUCACGGCCUAUGAUGAACGAAAUGUCAUUGGCGUGUUUUUGCGCCAUGAAACCUACGACUCGUUUUUGACAUUUCCGCAUGCAGAUAUUUGGGAACGAAGGGAAAACGUCAGUCUCUCACAAAUAUUGGCGCCGCCAGUAACAUCGGACAGGUGUAGCUCAAAUAUCACCGAGACAGAUUUGAUCAGCGAUGAUCAUAACCAGGGGAAURACGACGACGAUGGCACUGUGGACAUUGAUUAUCGAAUUUUCUGUGCAGAUGUMGGCGCCAAGGCCGGAGCCAUUUGGGGAUCUUACACGAACGGCGCUGGUUUGUAUCGUCGUUCCGAUUUGCAAAAGGUUGGUCGACAGUUCGGAGAACCCGGGGACGCUUUCCAUGAUCGUUACGUCGAAGCUAAUUAUGCGUUCCGAGUUGCACUCAAAAACUGCCACGCGGCUCUUCGGUUGACGAAAAACGAAUCGUGCAAUGCCAUUUACGACCCGGAAUGCACGGGUGCAUUUCACCACAUCGGAGGUGGGAGAGGAACACGACCCCGAACAGCAAAGGGAACAAAGUGCAUGGAUAUCGCUUGGAAUUUCUUCGGAACUCCUCUUUAUGAAAAAUUCCACAAGUUUGCGGCUCAAACCACUGGAGAAACCACACAAAAAUGCAGUAGAAAGGAAUUGCAAGAGUUGCGAGACCAGCAAUUCCGAGAAACGGAUUCAGAGAGCUACAGAGAGGAGGUUCGAAUACAGAACAAAAAGGUGUUUCAAAAAGAAGAAGAGAGACGCCAAUCACUACGCGAUCAAGCCGAGUUGAUACUAAACAUGCUGGCAAAAGGACAAGCAAACGAUCUUCGCGGUGCUGUGCCUUGGAUGGAUGGUAUGUCGAACGAGGAAAUCGCUGAAAAAGCUCGAAGUUUCGAGAAGCUAGCAAAUUCACCACAUCCCAUGGAUGGAUUCUGGGAUUUGCUCGGAAGAGUGCAGCAUGCCGAUUAGAGAGCGGUCUGUUCAGAGAGUCCACGUCGAUUUUAAAUCAACCUCUUUACCUACUCGUAAGUAUUGUAUUUAAUGAGAGUUCAAAUUAGUAGUAACAGCAAUACAUCCAAUUUUCGCAA